AUCCCUCUCCCCCCUGCUGGGGCUGGGAUGUGUGUUCCCAAUGUUUCAUGCGUGUAUAUAAAAAAAUGAACACUGUCAAGCCAUUCCAUGUGCUUGCGGAAACAACGGUGGUUUUGCCGACGUUGUGAGGGAUACAGGGAAUUGCAGAGCCUUUGUCACUCCGAGAAGAGAUGGGCGUGUGCAACAUUGAGUCGAAGACAGAAAAAUGGAAGGGAUCAAUCUACAUCUGGCGUCUCAAGUCAUUGUGACUAACAACAAGCUGAGCUCAGAGAACUGGUUGUGCUUCACAAGCUACGGAUUUCUCAUCUCCACUAAAUUCAACAACAGGAAGAAAAAUGUGAUCCAUUAACUGGCUAAAAGUUAAUUCGGGCGCUGGGCUCCGCGGUGAUGAUGGUGUCGUUGAAUGAUGAAUCCUGCUGUGAGACGAGGUGAGCUUGAAGGAGGCGGCUGGGACCUUAGAUGAAAAAUACGGACUGCCGUAAGGGCGUGAAUUUGGUGGUUGAAUACGGUAUAAAAUACGCACUUUGUAUGGGACAGGCUCGUCGCAAAGCCGUCACACGCAAGAUACGAGGGCUUCCUGGACAGGACUUCAGAAAUUCUGCACUUUCCAUUCCCUCUCACUUCCUGACGAUGACAUCGUCCAAAAAGGACCCACGACCAAUUUCUUUUCUCCGCCGACAGUGACAAAGGUAUGGCAGAAAACGCUGGGUGGUGAGAGCGGCUGGGAGAGGAUUGCUCCUUCCCUUCUAUAUAAACCCCCUCUCCCCCUCCCCUCUUCUCAUUUUAUCCCACCACCAUUAUUCAUAUUUUCUCUUGAUCACACAACUCCUUUGUCCUGUCUUUAUUCAUCAUUCUUACUCCCGACAACCUCUACGCUCUUUUCGAACAUCUUGCCUCAACAUCAUCAUUCGACUCUGUGCAGUCAACAUGAUGAGAUCUCCCUUCCGUGGGUCUGCUCCGGCUUCGAGCCCUCAUUCGGAACAUGACACCACCUUUCAUGGAACCCCAUCAACCAACUUGACCUCCUUCACUCCUGUGACUGGCAACAAGGGCUACAGAAAGCCAUAUGUCGAGGAUGCAGAAGCCCGUGAGCCUGCAAACCAUUGCUCCAUCAGACAAACCACCCCGACGCAGACUACCAGUGAUGACGUCUUCUUGACUGCACCUACUAUGAGCUCUGGCCCGCAACUCUCUCCCACUGCUCAAGUCUUCCAGCCCAUGUACACCUUCUCGCAAAUGCCAAAUGUGGCUCGUCGUCCUGUUCCCCCACCCCGCGCCAACCGCCCACAAGCCUUUGCUCCCAAGCCAAGUCUCCGCCGUGGCCAAGGUGCCCAACAAACUCUCGCUCCCCUUGCAACCAUUGCUGGUGUCAAGACUCUCCUACAAGACAGUGUCCCAGACACUUCGGUCCGUGGUGACAAUGAGACCUCCAAUUGGGAGGACCGCCGACCGGUGCCACAAGUCAAGAGCAUCAAUGGCCGUGGUGACAAGGAGAUUGAAGCAUACCUCGAUCGUCUUGGUAUCUGGAAUGUUGACCAGAUGAACUUCAUGGCGAAUGCCUCUGGCAAAUACAUCAACGACGUGCACUUUGCUGAGGGAGCCUUCAGCACCGAUGAAAAUGCCACUCGUGCGCUCGCAGUCAUCGGCCUUCCUGCUGAAUUCCGUUCCCGCCGCAUUGCAGAAGCUUUCAAGCUUGAGUCCUUCCCCUCACUGAAAACCAUCAAUGCCUCUCAAGUCGUUGGUGGUGGUCUGUUCACCGUUGCUUUCUCCGAUGUUCGCGAUGCAAAGAAGGCAUGGGACAUCGCCGGCAAACUCGCACCACACACUCGUGUCUUCGCCCUGGCCCCAAGAGCUGUCGCUGCGGAUCAAGGCUUCAACCCAAGUCACGUCAGUGACUUUGAAGGUCAGAUCAUCCUGUCGGUCUACUACAAUGGAAAUCCCAACUUCGAACAACUUGAGGCUGCUCCGAUUGUCGCUGAGAUCAAGCGUCUCCUUGCUCAAUGUGGCGAAGUCAAGGCAAUGCACACCCUGCCAUCCACCCAGCUUCAUUGCCGCGAUUUCCGCGUGGAGUUCUUCGACUCUGCCGCUGUUCCUGUUGCCAAGGAUGUGAUCAGUGGUACCAUCCUCGAUGGUGGUGCUGUUCUUCACGCCGAAGCAUACUCUCCAGACAUCAUCUUUCAAUCAGAUGACCCGGAUGCACCGUUUGAGCAGCUCUCAAUCACUGGCCGAUCCACUGUCCCAGUCGACGAAGACUACGAUCGUCUCGCCUAUGCCAUCACCCGCGACGUUCUUCGCAAUGGCCGUCGCCUCAAUAACACGAAUCACAAUGCUGUUGACAUUGCUCGAAUUCAGUCUGGCAUGGACGUUCGUACUACGAUCAUGUUGCGCAACAUCCCGAAUCGUGUUGAUCAAGGAAUGCUCAAAGAUCUGAUUGAUCACACCAGCUUUGGUCGCUACGACUUCAUGUACCUUCGCAUUGGUAACUGCAACUUCAAAUUUCUCAAAGAAUUUGACUCACUCGUUCCAGACUUUGCCAACAACUGCAAUGUCGGUUAUGCCUUCAUCAACUUCGUCGAUGCUCCUUCGAUCAUCCCAUUUGUCCUUGCUCGUGCUGGAAAACGUUGGAAUUGUUUCAAUUCUGACAAGGUUGCUGAGGUGUCUUAUGCUACAAUCCAAGGCAAAGACUGCUUGGUGCAGAAGUUCCGCAACUCCUCCGUCAUGCUCGAACACCCAAAUUUCCGCCCAAAGUUGUUCGUUGCUGGCAAUGUCCCCGAUGCAGGCCAAGAAGAGAAGUUUCCUACACCCGACAAUCAUUCCAAGAUGCGCCGAUCAGUCGAAAAUGCUGAACAUGUCGGUCUGUAUCUCCCCAGAUCCAUGGGCCCUCGGAACCCUCGGAACAUGAACCACCCCAAAUUCCAACCUCGCAAUCGUCGUAUGAGACGUGCUGGCCCAUUCAAUGCGAAUGGUGUCUAUCUCCCUCCUGCACGUGUUGCAAACCUGGCCCAAUUCACUCCCCCGUCAUCUCCAGACUCUCAGACUCCUGGCAAAUACUUGGUGGAUACCAAGAGUCCCUUUGACGCAUUCUCUGGCAACCCUCGCCCUUUCUCGACUUUUCGCUCCUAAGCAAGGACAAGCAUACCGUGAAGAACAACGACGUCGUCGUUCUCAGUUUGAUCGCGGAACACCAGGAGCUGAAAAUGAAUUGGACAUGAAUCGUCUUCGCACUGAAGAUGUUCCUGCAGGCCCUCCUCGCUUCAGACGUUACAUUCCACAUUACUAGCUCGACAUGUUGGUGACUUUGGACGUCUUCGGAGAUUCAGGUCACUCGUGUUGGUUGAGAUUGUUGGGGGGUUUUCAGUGUUGAGGUCUGGAAAGUCCUGUCAUGCCCUCGGGCUUGGAUGGUUUCUUGCCACCCUCUUGGGGUUGGUCCUUUGCUCUUGGACUUUUGAUCCUGAGCACACCAUCAUUUCAGUGUUUUUUUGCUUGAGAGCAUAUCUUUUCCCCCUGCAUCAUUCCUCACGUCGACGAUACCCCUUGGUGUUGUGUCACCAAUGCCUUAAUCUUGCAAGUUUUCAUUUUUCUUCAAAUGUCUUUCGAGCUCUGCAUGUCAUGUGUUGACAGAAAAGAUGGAAAGGCAUAUGAGAAAUGCCAUCAUGGAAAGCCAUUUUCAUGUAUGAUCACCACGGGUGAUCCACUAGUUAACAAAAAAAAUUGACUUGAUCAAUGACAAUACUAUUGAGUCAAAUACA